CAUCUGUAGAAACAAAGCUAUUGUUUUCUCCUGCGGACUCAACUGUCAUCGUGUGGUCAUCCCAAUAAUACGUACAACCUACCAAGACAGCAUCGCAAGCGAACCGACGAUUCAGCCCAACACCUAUCUAGCCACUCCGACGGGUCCUGCAGGGCCAGCGGAUCCCUGUCCAGCAGAUCGCCGACCCCGCCAACGUCGCCGCCCUGGGGCCAGACUCUCGGUGAGGGGAAAAGUCGAACCGCGUGUGCCGAAGACACCUGAGGAGUCCGGACAGACAACUAGUCACCCGACCCAAGCCCGAUCAGAAAACCGCCAUCAGCCCCGGGCCAUCCGCCGAAUUACCACAUAGCUGGCCCAUUUCGCCCAUCCCUCGGCCUGCCCGCACCCGCCGACGCCUUCCUCCCACCGCCGCCGAGCGCUUCGCCAAACCCCAGAUACCCCCCCAUCCCGACAAUUUCUCCCCGUUGAAGCCCUGACAGCCGGCGGCCUUUCGCCAUGUCAAAUUCGGGCAGCUCCUCGUCGGCCCCCACCGCGGCGUCGCUGCUGCUAGGGCGCCAGCUGAAGCAGAUGAGGACCGACAAGGAUAUCCCCGGGAUAUCGGUCGGGCUCGUCGACGACAACAACCUGUUUGAGUGGGAGGUGAUGCUCAUGAUCAGCGACGACGUCAAGUACUACGGCGGAGCAAACUUCCGCGCCCGCCUCUCCUUCCCGGCUGCGUACCCGCUGAUGCCGCCCAAGCUGGUGUUCCAGAAGCCGGUCCCGUUCCACCCAAACGUCUACGACCACGGCCUGCUCUGCAUCAGCAUCCUGCACCCGCCCGAGGAGGACAAGUACGGCUACGAGGCGGCCUCGGAGCGCUGGAGCCCCGUCCAGAGCCCCGAGACGAUACUGCUGAGCGUCAUCAGCCUGUUCGCGAGCCCCAACGACGAGAGCCCCGCAAACGUCGAGGCCGCCCGCCUCCUGCGCGACGACAAAGACGGCAAGAGCAAGGACUUUAGGCGCAUAGUCAGGCGGUGCGUCAGGGAGAGUCUUGGGGAGGACUGAUUUUUUUGUUGCUUCUUUGUUGGCGGGGGAUGUGCUGGGGUUGGCUGCUGUUUUCCGUCUUUGGUCUUGGGUGAGACGCUCGCUAGUAAAGGACAUGACUGGGAGACAUAUCUGGCCUUGCGCUCCUCCGCACGACGAACCGGCGUUUCUGGAGUUUGCGGGGUAUUGGCACAGCGGGAGGCGUGUCUCGGACAAUCAAAAUUAGCGCGCCUUCAGUAUAAAUUGGUUCCUUUUUCUCUCUUUUCUUGUAUAUUCAUUGUCCUGGUCACAGUGGGCGACACAUGGCUUAUCCGCACUACCACCCAGGGAGGCAGCGUUCAAAAAAACUCAUCGCCGCAGGCUCAUAGAAACCCAGGUAUGGGGAACCCCCUUGAAAGACACGGACUACUCAGAGACAAACCCCAGAAUCCGC